AUGCGACGAAGAAUAUCCCCAGUCCGCCACCGGCGCUACUGGACGCGCCCAGGCGUCGUUGUCAUCGUCCUUCUUGCUGUCUGCUACUACUUCCUCCCCUAUGACAGGAACGCGACAAGCUUUUCGAACUCUUUACCGGGGAGCGGACGUUACCUCCCCGCCCUCUAUGACGAUGUCGGUGUCAUCCUCAAGACCGGCUAUGGCACACAGCAUCGCGUAAGCGCCCAGAUCGAGGCCCUUGGCUUGCGGCCACACACAGUCGAUGGCAACAAUAUGAUUGUGAUUGGGGAUUGGGCGGGUGAGGUGGUAUACGGAGACAAGGGUGAGCAGAUCUUUGUGCACGACGUCAUUGCACCGGUCCUUGAUAGCGGCAUCCUGGGCUCGCGAGCAAACUGCGCUCGGGCGGAGAAAUACCGGGCACUGGCCGCGGCAGUACAUGCCGGUGAUGACGUGGAGGCCAUGCGGAUCAGCAAGUCAGACGGGUGGGAACUGGAUGCUAUGAAGUUUAUACCCGGCCUUGAACUUGCAUACCAGACCAUGCCAAACAAGAACUGGUACCUCCUACUCGACGAUGACACGUUUGUGAUUCCGUCAUCAUUGCGCCUUCUGCUUGCACAUCUCGACCAUUCCGUACCCCACUACAUCGGUAACGCUGUUGGUGAUUUCCGGGGACGGUUUGCUCAUGGCGGUUCGGCGAUUGUCCUCUCGCGGGAAGCCGUCACUCUGCUUCUGGGGAGCGGCAGCAGUCGAGUACUAGCGGUGGCGGCCGCGGCAGCGGCCUCGAACAGACAGCAAGGCAUCACCACCAAUUCUUACAAAUCCGGUCUGGCUCCGCCACUUCUACACCAGGCAUAUGUCGACUCCAUAACGGAAACCUGGGGUGACAAACUACUAGCAACCACAUUGAUGAGGGUCGGCGUGUAUCUUGACGAGCGGUUUGCUCGUCUGUUCAACGGAGCGCGCCCUCGUGCCACGCGCAUAAGUGCUGACCGCUUCUGCAUGCCGCUCGUGUCGUUCCACGCGCUCGCAAAACCAGAACAGAUGCGAAGCGUUGGCGCCGUGUUUCGGCAGAUCGACCGGGGACAGCGCGGUGGUACGCCCAGCGACGCUACAUCUCCGGGCUUCCUCGCUCCGCCCAUUGCCUGGGGUGAUCUCUGGGCCCUCUAUGGACGGCCCACGGUGGCAGCACUGCACCACCAGCCGAUCCACCGUGGACGUGAUUUUGUUGGUGCUCCGGGCGAUGAUUCGUCUUCGUCGGCGCUCGUGACGUCCGUCACCGAGAAUGUCGGCUCGCCCGAGGCAUGCCGAGUGCUGUGUGCCGGCGACGAUGGCGAGGGCGAUGAUGCGAUGGGCGCCGAUGGCUUCCAGAGGCGCUUCGCCGGCCUCUACUCGUACAACAGCAAGUGUCUCGCGUGGACAUGGAACGCCGGAGAGCAGACGUGCACCACCAGCCCCUGGUUUGUUGUUGGCGAAGACGAGAGUACUGGCGUCGCACCCCCCUCGGCCGAGCCAGCAUCGUCAACGACCGAGACCACGUCGACCAAGUAUUCGGGUGUCAACGUGGCCCUAUUACGGCAGCUCGUGGGACGAUGUGGCCAACGCGACGGCGUGUCGUGGACUGAGCGCGGAGACAAGUAUGAAUUUCGCUACAACCCCAGCGGUACCCUGUGA